UUCUGUUGUUCCUAAGACCUGAUUAUAUCGUAAGUGCUAUUAUCGAUUAGCUAACAGAUCUUCAUUUCAGGCACCUGUACCAGUGACGUAGACGAAAGAUACCAAAAAUGCAUAAAAUGAAAGCAAUGUGUGUAGUGUGAUUUUAUGGCAUCGUAGAGUGAUCAAGAGUAUCGCUGUUGGCAUUCACGUUUUUCGUACUCGAAUUCAACGUUGGCCAGAGGUCAGAUAUACCCAAUAACGAGAUAAGAAUGACUUUGCACAACUGAUAGUGCGCUCGUACAAGAAUCAUCGCUUACGAAAGGUAAGGAGUGUGAUAUUGUAUGGUGGUUAAUGAAAUGAUGCUCAUUUUUGCUAGCGGCAACAAUGGGUAGGCACAUUAAUCUUCGUGAUAAUGAACUUGGAAGACCUCUCAAAGCUCCGUAACAAAACUCAGUCGCCUGGUAGUUAUCGUUCACAAAGGAUGAACAUGAACACGACGUUGCUAAGAGUGGCUACGUUCAACUAUAAACCGUUUCAGUUCUUCAACGAAACCGGCAAUGGCGCUCAGGUUGGAGGCUUCUAUGGAAACAUUUUGAAUGCGCUCGGUUCAUCAUUGAAAUUCGAGUUCGAUAUUCUAGAUUGCGGCACCUGGGGCGAACGGCUCCCAAACGGAUCAUGGACAGGAGCAUUUGGAGCAAUUCAUGUUAAGGAGGCGGAUAUAACGUUGUGUCCAACAAACCCAUCAGCGGAAUACCUACCGUUCGCGGUGCAAUCGCCUGGCCUUCAUCCAACUGAGCUCAUCGUUCUCGCCGGCAGAUUAUCGCGCUUUGAGAAUAAUGCAUUUGCGAUUAUUACGACUUUUUCACUACCGGUCUGGCUUACUCUUGCUUGCGGCGUGGUUUUAUUUGCCUUUGUCACGGCCUUCAGUUAUUGGGUGUUGAUGCGACCAUUAAAAAUUGUUCCAUUUACCAAGCUCGCUGCGGACUACGCGUUCAUUCUGGUUGGGAACAUCUGGCAACAAGCAAUUCCUCCACCGUCCUUCAACUCGAUUCGAAUACUGUGGAUGUCGUGGUACCUUAGCGUUACCCUCAUACUGAUGUGCACAUUCGCUGGUCAAAUGAAGGCAUCGAUGAUGUUUAAACCUGAGAAAAAGCGUAUCGACUCAAUAUUUAAUGUUUACCAGAAGAAAAAGCUCAAAUUAUAUAUUCCCAAAGACAGCAUAAUAGAAAGACUGCUAAAGAAUCACGCGGAGCCGUGGGGGCGCUCCUUGUACCUGCGAAUAAUGCGGCAGGGUACAGUUGGCAGUGCCGCCAAGAUCUUUCAUACCGAUAUCCUAAAUGAAGUCGUUCAUUCGCGUACCGUAAUUAUUGCCAGUCGAACUGCAUUGGCAAGGGUGGCCGACCCAUACUGUUCCGUGAUGCCGGCUGGAGAAUUCUACGCAGCACGUCAGGUCGUGUACUCGUUUCUGGGGGUGAUUCAUCUCAGUCGGAGCACUCUGAAUGAGAGAACCCGGGGGAACAUACUUACAAGAUUGACCUGGUUAAAUGAAGGUGGGCUUCUUGCAAAGUGGGAUGCGGACGUCUCAGGGGCGUGGGAAGGCUGUCUGUCACGGUUUUACAGUGAAAAGCAUGAAGCACUUGAGGUUCAAGAUCUUGAAGGUGCUUUUUACAUUUGGUUUAUCCUGACAGCAGUCGCAAUCGUUUGUUUGAUUAGUGAAAUAAUUGUUUUGAAAGCGUUAUCUGUCAACAAGACUAAAAUCGGAAACAUUCUCUGAAAAAUCGCGUGAAUAAAGGCAUACGUCAUUUUUCUCAAUUUUGCCCUGUGUCGUCAGGUGCGAUAGCUCAAAAAAAACGGUCGAAAUUCGGGAGCACAAUGCAUAUAGUUUUUUGGAUAAAGGAACAGUUAUUGCAAUAAAUCUAAUAAACAAAUGCAUAAACAAAUAAAUUGUGAUACAACUGUAUAGGCACUUAAAGUUUAUGCUCAACAAGUUUUACUCAAAGAACUUCAGAAAAAAGUUCAGAAAAGCAGCACGUUGUUUAAAUUUAAAUACAAUAAGACUGAAUUGUAGU